AUGGAGGAGCUUUUGUUACCGCGCGGGGAGGAGGCGCGAUCCGACCAGAGCUCAUACGCUCCGGGAGACGCAGGGAGGACGAUGGGGGACCGGGUGAAGUCGUUGUUCCACCUGGAGAACGGGGAGCCACGGAGGAAAGUGAGGGAUGUCUGUAAGAGGCACGGGCUUCUGGCAUUGUCGGUCAUCUCUGUGAUCACCGGAUGCACCCUGGGCUUCAUGCUGAGGGGGACUCAGCUGUCCUCGCAGGCUAAAAUCUACUUCUCUUUUCCUGGAGAGCUGCUGAUGAGGAUGCUGAAGAUGCUCAUCCUUCCUCUCAUCACGUCCAGUUUGAUGUCGGGUCUGUCGUCGAUGGAGUCGAAGGCGUGCUGUCGGAUGGGCGUCCUCACCGUCACGUACUACCUGUGGACCACCUUCAUCGCCGUGGUGGUCGGCAUCGUGCUCGUCAUCAUCAUCAAACCCGGCGUGGGGACGGAUAUGGAGAGUCACCGUCUAGGAGGCGGGCCGGUCAUGACCUCGGCCGACGCCCUGCUCGAUCUCAUCAGGAACAUGGUUCCCUCCAACCUGAUCGAGGCUACCUUCCAGCAGUACAAAACGGACUUGAUCCCCAUCCUCAAACUCCCCACCAAAACCAUCCAGCCCAACUUCGUCUACGUCUUCCCUGACGACAGUGACCCCAAAGGCCGCACGGUGUACCUGGAGCUGACCCCGCCUCCUGACAUCAUGUACAAGACGAGUCCGGGAACGAGCCAGCAGAUGAACGUGCUCGGCAUCGUCAUCUUCUCCGCCACCAUGGGGUUGUUGCUGGGCAGGAUGGGCGAGCGAGGAGCUCCUCUAGUCAACGUCUGUCAGUGCAUCAACGAAUGCGUCAUGAAGAUCAUCAACGCCGCUGUCUGGUACUUUCCGUUCGGGAUCAUCUUCCUGGUGGCGGGGAAGAUCCUGGACAUGCAGGACCCGAGCACGCUGGGGAAGAAGCUGGGCUGGUACGGCAUCACCGUGCUCGCCGGCCUCUUCGUCCACGGCCUCAUCCUCCUCCCUCUCUUCUACUUCGUUCUCACUAGGAAGAACCCCUUCUCCUACAUCCGCGGGCUGCUGCAGGCCAUGGUGAUCGCCCUCGCCACUUCCUCCAGCUCUGCCACGCUGCCUAUCACCAUGAAGUGUCUGUUGGAAAACUGUCACGUUGACCGACAGAUUGCUCGCUUCGUCCUCCCUGUGGGCGCCACCAUCAACAUGGACGGCACGGCGCUGUACGAGGCUGUGGCGGCCAUCUUUAUCGCUCAGGUUAACGACUAUGAGCUGGACUUUGGCCAGUUGAUCACCAUCAGCAUCACAGCCACAGCUGCUAGCAUCGGCGCUGCGGGGAUCCCCCAGGCCGGUCUGGUUACCAUGGUGAUCGUCCUAACGUCAGUAGGGCUGCCUCCUGAUGACAUCACGCUCAUUGUCGCCAUCGAUUGGAUCCUCGAUCGCUUUCGGACCAUGAUCAACGUUCUCGGCGAUGCGCUGGCGGCAGGAAUCAUCGCCCACCUCUGUCGUAAAGAUUUCCCCCUCAGUGGAACAGGAAAGCCCGUGCCGUCCUACGGUACGCAGAAUCCUCACGCUCACAACAACUGCCACAGCGUGGACGUGCCGAUGACUGAGAUCCACACGCACAAGGACAGCAUGUACGACUCGAUGGGCGACUCGGCGAGUGAGAGGCACGCACACACGGUCUACUACAACAUCUGUCAGGUGUGAUCAGACUGUACGCCGCACCGUAUCUACAGCUGGAAGGAUCUGAGAAGUCCGGUCAGAACUCACAGUGCCAUCUGGACCCCGAGGGUUAGGAAGAGAUGUGGAGAGACGGGAUCUCCUUCUUCACAGGACGCCAUGCCGAGCAGCUGCCCUCAGGUUCAAAGGUCACGCUGGUUUUAUUGGGCCAAACUUUGA